AUGGGAAAACAUAAGAAAAGAAGAAGUCUAUCAUCAAGUGAUUCAGAGAAUCACAUUGAUGUAAAAACAAUUUUAAAACGGCUAAAAAGGCUAGAAAACAAUGCAAGGCAACUAAAACGAUCUCGGUGGCGCAUCCAUGUUUCGAGAUUACGCCAUUCUCGGUCUGCUUCCCCUGCAGGGAGGCUAGCUGGCGCAUCGGAUGAUGAACGAUACAAGCGCGGGUCCAUGCAGGACCGAGAAGCUACACCUGUUAGCUGGUCUCCAGUGUCGUCGCUGAGGGGCGUUAGCCAGGAACGAAUAAAUGCAUUGUCGUUCUCGGAAUUAAGUGAACGGGUUUGUAGCCCGGAUCGAAAGGAGGAAGAAUUAAUCCUUCACAAUGAUAUAGACCUUUCUGAAGAAGUCUUAAGUAUUUUGGGAUCGAAUCCCGAGGAAGCAAAAAAUCAAAGUGUUUCACUGCAUGAUGCACUUAUACCAAGAUGGCGAAAUAAUGUCGUUCAUGGGCUCCCAAGAGAUGAAGCAACCGCAUUGCUUCAUAAAUAUUUGGUCCCCUCCAACUUGCCUAAUUUGACACCGCCGUCAUUGAAUCCAGAAAUUGUGGCAAUUUUAGGAAAAACUAAUUUAAUCAGGUAUGAGUCCCAAAAGGAGUCUCAGUCUCAGGGAAAGGUAUAUAUGUGCGUUAGGUCUACGGCUUAA